ACAAAACAGGCAGCCAGCUGCCUACCCCUCUUGGCUCUCCCUAUAUAUAUAGAACAACCAACUCUGCUGGAUUUCCACACUCCCAUUUCCUUGAUCCGCUCCGAAUCUUUUCGUGAAUUCUCCCCCAUUUUUUCAGGCAUUAAUCUAUUCGAAAGUUGAUCAUGGCUCCAGCUGCAGCAAACGAUUCGAUUAAGCCUAGAGAUGUUUGCAUUGUCGGAGUCGCCCGAACACCAAUGGGUGCAUUUCUUGGUUCUCUUUCAUCAGUACCCGCAACCAAGCUCGGAUCCGUUGCUAUCGAGGGUGCUCUGAAGAGAGCAAACAUUGAUCCAUCACUUGUAGAAGAAGUUUUCUUCGGAAAUGUUCUGAGUGCAAACUUAGGACAGGCUCCGGCCAGACAGGCCGCAUUAGGCGCAGGGAUCCCUAAUACAGUUGUCUGCACAACUGUCAACAAAGUCUGUGCCUCUGGAAUGAAAGCAACUAUGUUAGCGGCACAAAGUAUCCAGUUGGGAAUUAAUGAUGUCGUAGUGGCUGGAGGCAUGGAAAGCAUGUCUAAUGUCCCAAAGUACCUUGCAGAGGCAAGAAAAGGAUCUCGACUUGGACACGAUUCUCUUGUUGAUGGAAUGUUGAAAGAUGGACUGUGGGAUGUAUACAGUGACGUCGGUAUGGGAGUUUGUGCUGAAUUAUGCGCUGAACACCACAGUAUUACAAGAGAGCAGCAGGAUGAUUAUGCAGUCCAAAGCUUUGAACGUGGAAUUGCUGCUCAAGAUGCUAGUGCCUUUGCAUGGGAGAUUGUUCCGGUUGAAGUCUCUGGGGGCAGAGGAAGACCAUCCACCAUUGUUGAUAAGGAUGAAGGUCUAGGAAAGUUUGAUGCUGCAAAGUUGAGGAAGCUACGACCAAGUUUCAAGGAAACUGGCGGUACUGUGACAGCUGGAAAUGCGUCUAGCAUAAGUGAUGGUGCUGCAGCUCUUGUUUUAGUAAGUGGAGAGAAAGCUCUCAAGCUUGGCCUUCAAGUCAUUGCAAAGAUCUCUGGAUAUGCCGAUGCCGCUCAAGCACCAGAACUAUUUACAACUGCUCCAGCUCUCGCAAUUCCCAAAGCAAUUUCAAAUGCUGGUCUAGAAGCAUCUAAAAUAGACUACUACGAAAUCAACGAAGCCUUUGCGGUCGUAGCUCUCGCAAAUCAGAAGCUAUUGACUCUUAGUCCGGAAAAAGUUAAUGUACAUGGUGGAGCUGUAUCUCUGGGACAUCCCCUUGGUUGCAGCGGAGCUCGUAUAUUGGUCACACUUUUAGGGGUAUUGAAGCAGAAGAAUGGGAAAUAUGGAGUCGGUGGUGUUUGCAACGGUGGAGGAGGUGCUUCGGCCCUUGUUCUUGAGCUUCUGUAAUAAUUUCAUUCAACUUAUUUUUGAUUUGUUUUCAGGCAACGUAACCUCGUACUAAAUUGAAUGCUGUAGCAGAAUUUGAAGAGAUGGGAUACAGCAGAGGACACUAGACUUUGUUUUGUACCAAGUUUCAGUUUAGAUGAACUUUGUUCUUUGGAUUUGUUUUUCGGUUUCAUUUCGGUAUUUUUAAGCCAAUAAUAAAUUGUGAAGGUGCUUAGAUUUGUAGAUGAGAAUGUAUUUCCUAAAAACACAGAUUUGCAGAGUGUAUUUUCUCAAUAAAAUUUUCUUUUUUAAUCAA